AUGUCUCCAACGGCUUUGAGAAAUGUCGGCGCUGUUGAUAUUGUCAACAUACAUCAAGAUGACCUAGACUUCUCUCUUGUCAACGAGAUUUACCACAGCAUCGACCCAUCUGACGGAAAACAACGCUCAUUUCCCACCCUUCUCCUCUAUGAUGCCAAUGGUCUCAAAUUGUUUGAAAGGAUAACCUAUCUGGACGAAUAUUAUCUAACAAACGCUGAGAUUGAAGUCUUAACAACGCACGCAAAGAAAAUCGUGGAAUGGUUACCAGAGAAUGCCCAAUUGGUGGAGCUUGGUAGCGGAAACUUGCGCAAGAUUGAAAUUCUACUCAGGGAAUGUGAAAGAACCGAGAAACGCGUAGAUUACUACGCCCUGGACCUGUCCUUGGUCGAGCUACAGCGAACCUUUUCGGAAAUCUCACCAGAAAGCUUCUCAUACGUCGAAUUCCACGGUCUUCAUGGCACCUACGACGAUGCCCUGACUUGGUUGGAGAAGCCGGAAAACCGCAAAAGACCUACAGUUGUUCUGACAAUGGGGUCUUCUAUGGGCAAUUUCACUCGGUCUGGAGCUGCAGAAUUCCUUGGCAGAUUUUCCAAGGUUUUGAAUCCAACAGACUACCUCUUGGUUGGCUUAGACGCUUGUAAGGAUCCUGAGAAGGUUCACAAGGCUUACAAUGACUCUCAACACGUCACUCGACGGUUUUAUGAGAACGGGCUGCAGCAUGCUAAUGCUGUUCUUGGCUUUGAGGCUUUCAAGUCCGAUGAAUGGGACAUUGUAACUGGAUACAACAUCCAGGACGGCCUGCAUCAAGCAGCCUAUUCACCGAAGGUUGACGUGAAAAUAAACGACAUAAUUAUUCCAAGAGGCGAAAAACUGGUUUUUGAGGGAGCAGUGAAAUACGGUCGUGAGGAUCGGGAUGAAUUAUUCCGCAACGCAGAACUGAUCCUCCAGGUUGAAUUUGGGAACUCAGAUGAUAACUAUCAUAUUCAUCUACUGUCACCUGCAGCUCUUGAAAUAUCAACAAACCCUUCACACUAUGCGUCUCACUCAGUUCCAAGUCUGAAGGAUUUCCAGGUACUUUGGACUGCAUGGGAUCUUGUGACAAAAUCCAUGAUCUCUCAUGAAGAACUUCUUUCGAAGCCGAUCAAACUUCGCAACGAAUUGAUCUUCUAUUUGGGCCACAUUCCUACGUUUCUCGAUAUUCAUAUCACUCGGGCAGUGCGGGGACACCCGACUGAUCCCAAGAAUUACCGACAAAUAUUUGAGCGUGGCAUUGAUCCCGAUGUUGAAAAUCCUGAAGUAUGCCAUGCUCAUAGUGAUAUUCCCAAGAAAUGGCCUCAUUUCAGGGAAAUUAUCAACUAUCAAGAGCGAGUGCGUAGCAGAGUUCGGUCACUUCUUAGUGACAAAAAUCUAUUAAAUGAUCGGAUUUUGGGCGAGGCGCUCUUUAUCGGCUAUGAGCAUGAGGCUAUGCACCUAGAGACAUUCCUCUACGCGCUUCUUCAGAGUAAUAAGGUCUUACCUCCUGUUGGUGUCAAGUCUCCAGACUUUGCGAACAUGGCGGAGGAAGCGAAGACAAAUAAUAAACCAAAUCAAUGGUUCUGUAUUCCGAAACAAACAUUUUCUAUCGGGUUGAAUGACUCUAAUCAACGAGUCAUACCCAAGGAUUCCUUUGGGUGGGACAAUGAAAAGCCGCAGCGAGAGAUCACAGUUCAUUCAUUUGAAGCUCAAGCUCGGCCAAUCACGAAUGGAGAAUACGCCAAAUACUUGCAGGCUAAUAAUAUUCAUAUACUGCCAACCUCUUGGGUCGACAUCUCUUCGGAUCAGAGUUAUCCGAUCGCCACAGGAGGGAUUGAUGAAGGCUAUAAAGACAAAUUUGCUGUGCGGACUGUCUUUGGAUCCGUUGCUCUUGCAUUCGCGCAGGAUUGGCCGUUAAUGGCCUCCUACGACGAAUUGGCAAGCUAUGCAAAGUGGGUAGGAUGCCGCAUUCCCUCAUUUGAAGAGGUCCGGAGUAUAUAUCUAUAUGCCGAUCAGCUUCGAAAUGAGUCAUCUCAAAGCGAUGGAAUUCAUGGGGCUCCGAAUGAAGUGAAGACAGGUCCUGUAUUCCGCGAUAUCCAAGGAUGCAACGUCGGCUUUAAACACUGGCAUCCUACUCCAGUCACGCCUAAUGGUGACAAGUUGGCUGGUCAAGGUGAUUUCGGCGGCGUUUGGGAAUGGACUAGCACUCCAUUGAUGCCGCAUGAAGGUUUUGAGGCCAUGGAGGUCUAUCCAGGUUAUACAUCAGACUUUUUCGACGGAAAGCAUAACAUCAUCCAGGGUGGGUCAUGGGCAACGCUCCCCCGAAUCGCCGGACGGACAACAUUUGUCAAUUGGUAUCAACACAACUACUUGUAUGCCUGGGCAGGAGCACGCCUUGUACGGGACUUGAAUGAAUAG